AUGACCAGUAAGAAACAUUUUACCGAAAUCGACAAAAAUACAUUCGUGGCAAUAUUAAAAAACUUUGCGCACAUAGUAGAAUAUAAAAAAAGUGACAGUUCCAGUCUGAGGAAUAAAGAAGAAGCGUGGCAGGAAAUCACGCAGCAAUAUAACAUGUCGGCUGUGAUUUCAUGCAAGAGGAAUACUGUACAACUGAAAAAGAUGUGGAGUAAUAUGAAAGCUGCGCAACGAAGCGCGAUCAUGAGGGAAAGGCAAUCCCGAAUGGCAACAGGGGGAGGAUCGGCAGAACCGGCAGCCGAAAUAAACCCUGAAAUAGCGGAGAUCGUACCAUCAUUAAUGCAGAAUGCACCAAGUAUUUUAUCUUCCAAUAACACAGAGGAAGAGUUGGCGAACAGACGCGAAGCAAUAUUUCGUGGAGUUUAUAUUUUGGACGAUGUUGAAGUGGAUGAUAAUCCAAUUUGUAUAGAUACGAGUCAGGGAAGUACAAACGUUACACCGGAAGCUACUGAUGAGGGUCGUGAAGAAGAAAAUUGUUAUCGGUCCCUACAAAGUAGAAAUGUAGAAAUUGAUCAAAUCGUGGACAGCGCGCUGCAGCGCAAACCGCAGAAAGCAGGCACUUCCACCGCUCCAAAGACGGAUUACGAUGAGAGGAGGUUGAAAUUCGAGCGUAUAAGACGAACGAUGAAGAGUGAGGAAGAAUUGGCAGAUCUGAAACUGCGGCACGAGCAACGAAAAAAUGAAUUGGAAAUCGAAUUUUUAAAAACAAAAUAUGAUUUCGAAAUCCGUGCCGUAGCCGCAGCAGCAGAGAAAGCUGAAUUUGAAUUACAAGAACGGAAAGGUAAGAAACAUUAA